AUGGGCCUUCGUUCAGGGGAAAGGAAUGCGUUGCCAAAUAAGGGUUCUGUAAGAGGCUACCAAGUGAUUGACGCUGCCAAGUCGAAGGUUGAGAAACUAUGUCCCGCAGUUGUAACUUGUGCAGACAUACUCACGGUGGCUGCCCGUGAUGCGUCAGAAAUGGUUGGUGGUCCGUCGUGGUCGGUGAAGCUUGGAAGAAGAGAUUCCAUUACCGCUGGCCUUGUUCUAGCAGAGACCAGUCUUCCUAGUUUUAAAGCUCCUCUUGAUUCACCUAUUUCCACCUUUAAAGAUAACGGAUUUAACGCCAGGGACAUGGUUGCUUUAUCAGGAGCUCAUACAAUUGGACAAGCUCAAUGCUUCUUGUUUCGUGACAGAAUAUACAGCAAUGGAUCAGAUAUUGAUGCUGGAUUUGCUAGCACACGUAGACGUCGUUGCCCUAUAAACAAUGGAAACGGAAAUCUUGCACCACUAGAUUUGGUGACUCCCAAUUCGUUUGAUUACAACUACUUCAAGAAUCUGAUACAAAAGAAGGGUCUUCUUGAAUCGGAUCAGGUACUUUACAACGGUGGAUCCACAGAUAGCAUUGUUUCGGAAUAUAGCAACAAUCCUUCCAAGUUCAAGUCGGAUUUUGCAGCAGCCAUGGUGAAGAUGAGUGAGAUCAGGCCAUUAACGGGUGAAGCAGGAGUGAUAAGGAGGAUUUGUGGUGCUAUUUCCUAG